AUGGGGUUUGAUUUUCAAGUGGAAUAUCAAGCUGGCAAAAAUAACAAGGUAGCAGAUGCCUUAUCCUGUCGUCUAGAAGAAGAGCCCAUUCUUAAUUCCAUCUCAAUGCCACAGUUACCUAUCUUCGAUUCAAUUCGUCAAGAAAUUCAGCAAUCGGAUCUACUGCAAAACCUUAUCAAAAAAAUCCAGCAAGCCGAAGCAGUAGGUCCCUGGAGAUAUACAGAUGGUAUUCUCUUCUUUAAAAACAAAGUAUAUUUACUGCCAACUUCCCCACUUGUUGCUUCUAUUAUCACUUCAAUUCAUGAUAGCAAUCAUGAGGGUUACCAGAAGACUCUCCAUCGUAUUGCUCAGAACUUCUAUUGGAAGGGAAUGAAAUUUGCCAUUCAGACUUAUGUACAGCAGUGUCCCACUUGCCAGCGCCAUAAAUCAAAACAUUUGCAUCCUGCAGUGGCACUAAGCUCUCCUUUAGCUCGGCUUAUCAUUCCCAAAGUAACGGACAAACUGAGGUUGUCAACCGAACUAUUGAAAUGUAUCUCCGUUGCUUCACUAGUGACCGCCCUUGCCAUUGGUUCCAAUGGUUAUCAUGGGUGGAAUAUUGUUAUAACACCAGCUACCACUCCUCUCAAAGCAACUCCAUUCGAGGUUGUUUAUGGAUGUUCACCACCAAAAAUGCUCUCUUAUUGCCCCGGUUUGGCCAAGCUUGAGGCGGUUGAUCAGGAGUUAAAGGCACGGGAUAUGGUGCUAUUGGACCUACGAGAUCGUCUUCUACAAGCUCAAAAUGCCAUGAAGACUAUUUAUGAUUCCAAACAUGACCAGGGGCAGCCUCAAGUGUUGGUCCAUUGGGAGGGCUUAUCUCCAGCUGAGGCUUCAUGGGAGGCUGUUAACUCCUUUCGCAGCAGGUACCCUUCUUUUGUGCUUGAGGACAAGCACAAUUUUAAUGGGCGAGGUGGUGUUAUGAGCAGAAGCAGAGAAGUGCAGAUGCUGCCUUGGAGUGACAAGUUUGCUAAGGGGAUUCUGUAUCAGAAACGUGGCUUAAAGGAAGGGAGCUGA